UCUGUGGCGUUUGGGCUGUGCGAGGUUAUUUCACUCCUUUCUUGAUUCUUUCCGGUUCUUUACGAGACUGAUCUCUACCUGUUAAAAAUGGCGAAACGCACGAAGAAGGUAGGAAUCACCGGUAAAUAUGGCACCCGUUACGGUGCUUCCCUUAGGAAAAUGGUCAAGAAAAUGGAAAUUACCCAACACAGCAAGUAUACUUGCUCGUUUUGUGGCAAGGAGGCCAUGAAACGCAGUGUCGUAGGAAUCUGGUCCUGCAAACGAUGCAAAAGGACAGUUGCUGGUGGUGCAUGGGUAUAUUCUACGACAGCCGCUGCUUCAGUAAGGUCAGCUGUACGUAGAUUACGUGAAGUCAAAGAACAGUAAAUAUAUGUAAUAAAUAACUUUUUAACGAUUUA